UCGGUGCACGUCACAUAUACUAAAUUUUCAAUCUGGAUGAAUCCGAGUUCGGAUUGAACUGGAUUCGUUCGGAUAUAAAUUUGGUUUAGGUUGUAACGGUUGGGACUCACUAAAACUUAGCGGUGGCAAGGUAGUCACAUUCAACCUCGAUAGGUAGCUAGCUAUAGAUAUUACAAUAAUAGGCAAGUGUGGGCUGACUAGUACGUGUAGCUACCACUAGAAAGCGGAGGACCAUGUUCCUCGAAAGUAAGCUCGUUUAAACCGAUUUUAAGAAAGCGAGCGAGUAGUAGUCGAUAACCUUUAUCCGACCAAUCAUAACCUACGCCUGUACAAUAUGGAGCGGUGCGUCAAAAAGUAAUAUCCAUGACAUCCAGAUUAUACAAAAUAAAUUCCUCAGACGCAUCACGAACACCCCUAGAUAUACCAAGAACUCUGUCCUUCACAGAGAAUUUCAAUUACCUUUUAUCUCAGAUCAUAUCAAAGAAACCGCCACUAAAUUCUAUGAAUCAGCAUCCUUAUGACCUUAUGAACACAUCUCCUCUCUCGGAAAACAUGAUUUUGAUCCGCUUCGCAAGCACGCGAUGCCAAAAGACUUCCUCAUGAAAUGAGUCUAACAAAGAAUUUCAUUCUUCGACCCCUCUACCUCUUCCCACUCUUCCUCUUUACUUUUCGCUCAUAAAAUACAUUAUCAGAUUUUGUGUUUUUUUCCGCUUGCGGGCUUUUUCCCCACAUAGAAUAAACGUCACUCUUAAUUCGAGUCAUGUCAAAUUUUUCUCACAUUGUGUAACAAUGCCCAAACGGGUAACGCACAACAACUUCUUGCAGUCCGAUCAUUCUUCGGGGAGCUCAUUAUUGGAUCUCACGAGAGGGGGCGAUGGUUGGGGUUCCCUCAUCCCCACCAUUUUAAGUCGAUAACAAGCGGGUGAGCGGCCCAUCAAACGUUCGAGCGGUCUCUUGCCGGGUGGACUCCUUUUCAGCACUACUGUACUACAAGGGAAGGAGUUGCACACCUCGACGAGUAACCAAGGACAAAACAAGCAAUGCAAGGAAAUAUGACAUUCCAGCAAUCUUUAAGUGUAAGAUUAAACAUCAUACGACCAAGUCGAACUCAAGUUAAGGAAUUCCUAGAAGCACAUCCUCCAAAGCUGACACCAGGCAUCAAAGCUUUGGUGAGUGCAUUGCAAGCACGGAAGAAGGAAGUGUUUCUUGUUUCUGGUGGAUUUCGUUGCUUAAUUGGGCCAGUAGCCAAACAACUAAAUAUUCCUUCGGUGAAUAUUUGUGCAAAUAGGCUGAAGUUUUAUUUUACAGAGGAUUACGCUGGAUUUGACGAAAAUGAACCUACUUCUAAAAGUGGAGGAAAGGCUGAAGUGAUUCGUCGGAUCAAAGAACAAAGAGGGUUCAAAACGGUUAUUCACGUUGGCGAUGGAGCAACAGAUGUAGAAGCAUGUCCACCAGCCGAUGCUUUUAUUGGAUUCGGAGGUAAUGUAGUGAGGGAAUCCGUGAAAUCCAAUGCAUUGUGGUUCGUCAUGAACUUUAAUGAUCUUAUAGAGGCUUUAGAAGAUACAGAUGAUGUAUGAAGAUAUUUUUUAAUCCAUAAGGAAUUUGUUAACGUCAUACGCUUAAAAGUCAGUCAGAAACAAGCGCGGAUCCAAAUCCAAAUUCAAAUUUCUUAGAUACGAUAUUCCUGGAGUGUAACAAGUUACAGUAGCUUGGCCUUAUUUUAUAGAUAAAUUUAGAAAAAUCAAUAAUUUAGAAAGAAAAUUCUAAAAAUUCUAGUGUGCGCGGAAACAAUGUUUUAAAAAAUAUUAAAAUUAUAAUGAGGCCACUGGAGACAAUAGAGCUUCAUAAUUAUGUCGCGGAACGAUGACGCUUUUGUUUGUAUUAAUCUGACGUGAAACCACUGUCUUUGAAUCAAUGGUAAGAGAAAAAAUAUUUUAUUAAUGCCGAUAUUUCUGAAAGGUAGAGAUUUAAAAUUUUAGACUACAAUCGAAAAUUAUAUUACGAAAUAAACCUUUAUGAAUC